CCUUCCUACAUAUUUAAUCUGUCAGCGGAGGCUAAUUCUGGUCGUCAAGGAGGAAGUGGACCAUUUGGGGCUGGCUCGGAACCAGCGAGGAGAUGCGGACCGCCUCCAAACUCCAGCGGCUCAGCACUUGGUCCGUUGCAGAAGGACGCAGCCGGCGGCUAGAAGAAUGCGGACAAUUCGGAUCUCUCACCUGGUCCAGGGACCUUGGUCGCUGAUGACCAUCCUGUGCCUCUGCCUCCUGUUCCUCUACGUCCUUGUUCGGGGCGGGCAGCAGCACAUCCAGCCCGGGUCCGGGGAGCUGGACAAGCUGCGGGUGGAGGCGGCCAAGCUGCGGGUGGAGGUAACUGGGCUGCGGGAGAAGACGGCCAAGCUGCGGGAUGAGGCGGCCAAGCUGCGGGAUGAGGCGGCCAAGCAGCGGGUGGAGGCGGCCAAACUGCGGGUGGAGGCGGGCAAGCAGCGGGUGGAGGCGGCCAAACUGCGGGAUGAGGCGGGAAAGCUGCGGGUGGAGGUAACUGGGCUGCGGGUGGAGGCGGCCAAGCUGCGGGAUGAGGCGGCCAAGCUACAAGAGCAGAUGUCUGCUCAGAAUGAGAUGAUCAAAAAACUGCAAGAUCAGAAUCGGGCCUUGGAGUUCAAAAUUGACAAAAUGCAAGGUGAUCUUCAUGGCUGUCGGAAUGCGAGCGUGAAACACGGAGAACUGGUGCAAGGAUUGAAGCGCAGUUUGGAAAUCAAUGAAGGCCAAAACUCAAACCUACGGAAGGAGACGUCUGCUCAGAAUGAGAUGAUCAAAAAACUGCAAGAUCAGAACCGGGCCGUGCAAUCCAAAAUUGACAAAAUGCAAGGUGAUCUUCAUGGCUGUCGGAAUGCGAGCGUGAAACACGGAGAACUGGUGCAAGGAUUGAAGCGCAGUUUGGAAAUCAAUGAAGGCCAAAACUCAAACCUACGGAAGGAGAUGUCUGCUCAGAAUGAGAUGAUCAAAAAACUGGAAGAUCAGAACCGGGACUUGGAGUUCAAAAUUGACGAAAUGCAAGAUGAUCUUCAUGGGUGUCGGACUGAGAGCGGGAGGCACGGGGAACAGGUGCAAGGAUUGAGGCGCGAUUUGGGUGACUGUGGAAGACAAAACUCAGACAUUCGGUAUUCUCUACAAAGCUGCCGGAAGCAAGAAUGCGAUUGGCAGGAUGAUAACAAAUGGUGGCUCAAUUUGCCGUUGGGUUUGGGCUGUUUCCUGCGUUGUUGCCUCGGCUAUUGUUUCAAAUAACAUGAAUGGCAGACCUUGAAGGUUGGAAACUCCUGUCUGAAGGGAAGGUGGUUAUAAACAGAAUGAUGAUCCUCUCGGUGUGACCCUUGAGAGAACGUUAUCGUGAAGAUCUUUCCCCACAGUUCUGCUCCACCUGAAUGGUUCUGCUGUGGUGUGAGUGGACCUCCGCCAUGGCCAGCAUCCUUGGCACCCCCUUGUUCAAUGAGUUGGCAAUGAGUCUGCAAGCCAGGCUUGGUUGGGUGACAAGGGUGCGGUGAUGUGGAGAUAGGUAGAGGCAUGGGACACGGAAUGGGAAAGAACCACCGCGGAUAUGGGUCCCGUUCCCUCGCCCGCCCCGUUAUAGACUUUACACCCCAUGUCCACCACCCUUGUAUCCACAUCACACUGCCCUCUGCAAUGUUACAUCAAUGUUCCAUUCACUGCAAACUACAAAUAAUAUUCCUUCCUGUUCACCAACGCUAUCAACCGAUUAUCACAAAAGAUAGACAACAAAUGCAAUGCUGGAGAAACUCAGCGGGCGAGGCAGCAUCUAUGGAGUGAAGGAAUAGGUGACGUUUUGGGUCGAGACCCUUCUUCAGACAGAGAGAUGCUCCCUGGCCCAGUGAGUUACUCCGGCAUCUUCCAUGUAAACCAGCAUCAACAGAUCUUUCCUACACGUUCAAUUAACAUUUCUGCUGUUUCCACGCAAUUCAACAAGUGUGAAUUGUUCCUGGUCCACGCGCACAGUGGCUAUGGAUUUAAUAUGUGUGUAUUUUUUAAAUUCUGAUUAAAUUUAUAAUAAAAUAUCACGAUUUA